CAUGGCCGCUUGUGUAAGCAGUGCCAGUGCGCAAAAUUAUGGCAAAUGUGUACACACGAGGGAACAAAAACAUAAAUAGGAAAAGACAGUUUUGUGGAAAUCCAAUAAAAGCGAAUGAAUCGUAAUAAGCUAAAAAAGCAAAAAUGAUUAUUGUUUUUUUUCAUGUUUUGUAUCUCCUCGGGAAAUUCAUCUACAGGAAUUAUCGAGAGGAUGAUUUCGGUGAGAAUGACGAAGAGAAAAACAGUGGCGAGGUGGUUGUGGUGAUGGAUUCAGCAUGUGGUGUUGAAGCGAAUCAGUUAAAUAAACAAGGAGACCAAUUGGAUUUGUAUGAUAAUUUUUAUGGAGAGGAUGAAUUUGAACAUAUCAGAUUCACGCCACCGGCUUACAUUCAAAGGUAUCAUGCUGUUGCUAGUCUUCUCGGUGGUAAGGAGUUUGAGGGACAAUUUCGAAAGGUUGUGGAUUUUGGUUGCUCAGAAUUUGGAUUCUUUCAACAUCUGAAGAAUACAAGGGGAAUAGAAGAGAUUUUAUGCGUAGAUGUUGAUAAAAAUACUUUGGAAAAGUAUAAAGGAAGAAUAGAACCCCUUACUUCAGACUACUUGGCUUGCAAAAAUGCUCCGUUGAAUGUACAUGUACUGGAGGGUAGUGUUACCGAUAAUGACCAGUGUUUGGAGAAUACUGAUGCAGUUAUUUGUAUAGAAUUAAUUGAACAUUUGUAUCCAGAGACUUGUAUAAAUCUUCCAUUCAAUAUCUUCGGUUUUAUUCAACCUAAAAUUGCAGUAUUCACAACUCCCAAUGCCGAUUUCAAUGUUUUAUUUAAAGGAAUGAAUGGAUUCAGGCAUUGGGAUCAUAAAUUUGAAUGGAGUAGAGAGCAAUUUCAAGACUGGGCGAAUAACAUUAUUACAAGGUAUCCCAACUACCGAGUCCACUUGACUGGAAUUUGUAAUGGUCCCCCUGGCUCUGAAGACCUCGGCCACUGCUCUCAGAUGGCGACAUUUAUCCGUAAGCUAGAGAGAAUCUUUUCACCAGGUACUCUGGGACUGUUCAAACUCAUAACUACAGUACAAUACCCUUAUCGAGUUGACAAUCGUUCGGUAGAGGAGAAAACUCUCCAGGAAGCCGUUUAUUAUCUUCGCCAUUAUUCUCUAAAUAAUGAGGACGAAGUAAUGCCAUUACAACUCCUAGCAAAAUGGAUAGAUACUGUAUCAGUGAAUACAUUAAAAAAUAUUCUGGAAAAGGAGGGUUGGCAAAUUGUUAAUGAUAAAGAAAAAGGCUUAUCAGCUGUGUGCCCUCCAUUAUCAGAGUAUUCAGAGUUUGACGAUAAUGAUGAUAAUGAUGAUUACGAUAAUAAUACGUAUCUAAAUCAGUGGAACGACCAACCUACUGAACCUCCCUAUCAACAUCAAGACUGGCCGGAGAUUCAUGAUAAGGAUGAGGAAAUGUGGGACAAUGACGAGAGCAAUGAUUCAUCAGGUCAGAAUUUUGAAUCUGUAAAGAUAGAUAUGGGUAAUGGCGAAUUUCUUCAAGAUUCUACAAAUGUUGCUACAAAUGUAGAAAAUUUUAAUUUUCCUUCAGUGUCUUCAGGCUGUGAUCUAGAGUCAAUGUUAUUUUCAAAUAAUUCAACACCCAGUACUUCCAAGAAUUAUGAUGGAUGUGGAUCAAUAGCAUCUACAGGACAUUUAUUUUCAAUGAAUUCUCAAAGUUGUAUGAAAAAAAAUUGCAACAAUUCUGGUCAGGUUUCAAUUAAUUCUGGAGAAGAAAAUUUAUCAUUGAAGAAUAAAAUGGAUGAGAUGGAUAAAGACUUGUGUCAUUUGACGGCAGUCUCAUCAUCAACUGCUGAACAACUUUCAACUGAUGAUAUGAUAUAUAAUAAUGAUUCAAUGACACUUGGCAGCAUUUACAGCAUGUACUUAGAGUCAUCAACAUGUAAGAAUGAUGAAAUUUGUCCUGAGAAUAUAACAAAUGAUCCUGAUUUUCAAUGGUCGAAUGAUACAAGUAUCGGCGAUAUUGGUAGUUGUAAUGAAAUGAUUCUACAAUCAUUUCUACCAUCUUCCACAAAUGAUUCACCAAAUUUGACUAGUACGCCAAUGAAACUAAAGAAAAUAUCUCAACAAGAUGAUGAUUUUUCACAACAAACUCGAGUAUUCGUAAAAUGUAAUGAUUUUAAGGAAAAUAAUGUAGAGGAAAAUGGAAUUUUUAUGAGUGAAAUAUCCUCGGAAAAAUAUCCCGUAUUAUCAUCCGACAGUUGUAGCUCAUGUGAGAAAGAAAAAUUUGAGGUGAUGAGGAAAUUAAAAGAAAGUGCAUUAAUGGAAAAUAUGAAAAAUGAUGAUAGGACAUGUUCAAACAAAAAACAAUUUUCAUUAAAUGAAGAUGAUACACCUCAACUAUCAUCAAUAUAUCAUGGCCCUGAUUCAACUUUUCAUACCAAUCGUUGUAAAAACACCUAUUCAACAACAAUGAUGACAAAGAGACCAUUAUCUUUAUCUACAUGUGAUCAACUUUAUCAACAACAAGUUGUAGAUCGACAUGUUGUUGUCAAAGAAAUUAAAAAUUUUGAGUUGGAAGAGGUGGACGAUAAAGCCUCUCUUUCGGAGGCUAAAUGUAGCACUCCAAACAGCUGGUCACCCGAGUUUUGUUUGGACUCUGGUUAUCCAAACACAUCUUCAGUCCAUGAUAUCACACCGGAAUAUGAUUUAUCCAGUAUUGGACAGGAUACAAUAUCAGAAUCGCAGUCUCCAAGUUUUGCAGAACCUCCCCGACAAUUGGAGGCUCUUGUUGGGGUUGAAAAUGGAGACUUGGUAAAUAAUAAUCGCGAUGGAGAGGGGAAUAACGUGAUUCCUGUGGAGGAAAAUCAGCUUGAUGAGGAGAGGGAACAAGUGGAUGAGAAUGAAAAUAUUGAUGCGUGAUAAGUCCCUUUUUUCCUCGGCGAAUGCUCAUUUGACAGUAUUUUAUUCUGUGGCUGUGUGUCGAUUGUUAUGAUGAGAGAAAAUACAAGGCUUCAAAACUCACUCUUCAUCCAAAACUCCUCCUCGAGACGUACAAAAAAGCUUGUUUCCCCCCUCUUGAAACGACAAACUAUAAUUUACCUAUGAUUUAGCAAAGUUUCUAUCGUCACUUCCUCGUUUAAUUUCAUUGGUUUCUCAUCGCAAAUAUGUCAAAUUUUAGUAGUAUUGAUUUCGUAUAGAGUGAUAAAAAUGAAAAUAAUGUAAAAAUCAAGCUCUAGUAGUAGAUUAAUUGGAAAGGAAUAAUAAUGAUUCUACACAAGACUGAAAUGGCAUAUCUAAUUACCUUGAUGAGAUGAAUAAAAUAAAGUUGGGAAAAAUCCCAUUAAAAAUACA